UUCCUUGUACAGUCAGAAGAGGGAAGGGAUCCGUCUCGAUCCAAAAUGGAGGUGGUUUCAUUGUGGAGGUGACGUUUUCGCCCAAUCACAAGGCGGCUUUCAUUCCCCCGAGCGUUUCCGUCCUGCGCCUCGAAGUCGAAGGCCGCUUGAAAAACGCUCGAAUGGGUUCGCGGAGGACUUAAACGAAACAUUCUACGCUAUAUUUUAAGGGUUUCCUUCAACUCGGUUAAACCUCCCUUCACACCAGUGGACUCAUAAAGAUUUGCACUCGGAGAUGAAGAAGACUUAGCAGGGUUGCCACCGUGUUUUUGUGGAUAUUGGAGUCGUCUUCUUGUUGGUGUGGAUGGUCUUAACACGCUAGGGCUAGCCUCGUUUGUGGUGAGCUGCUUUUAGCGACCAUGGUCCUCGCAAGUCUGUGCGGAUGUCUCGGUGACACUUCGUGCUAAAACGAACUCAACAAAUGGGAACAUCUAGCAUUGGCUAAACACACCGUGGCAUUAAUCAAAGGUUCUGUUAACCCUUUAAAGGAAAUUCCCAAUUAGGAAUCUGUGGACACCCGAAGAUUGUCUGGUGCUUCUCUUUUUGGAUUUUAGCUUACUGUCUUUCUUCCACAACCAUGGAAUCGACGGUUGAUGACGAUGCAAUGGCAGCGUGAAUGAAGCUUGGCGUGGGGAAAGCUGAACGAUGCCCAAAGGUGGGGGUUCUAAAGCCCCCCAGCUGGACCACUUUCCUCUUAACACCGACAUGGUGGAAAAGCAGGGUGGGAAGAAGGAAAAAGUGUCUUCAAACAAGACUCCCAAAUUGGACCGCAGUGAUGGGGUUAAAGAGAUGAAAGAGAAGGCAUCGAAAAGGAAACUGCCAUUCACAACCGGACCAAAUGGAGACCAGAAAGAUUCUGACUCGGAGAAACCAGGUCCAGAGCGGAAGCGCAUUAAAAAGGAGCCCACAAACACCCGGAAGGCAGGCUUGCCGUUUGGAAUGGGGAUGCCAGGCAUCCGGGCAGGGUACCCCCUCUCUGAGCGGCAGCAGGUGGCUCUGCUCAUGCAAAUGACUGCUGAGGAGUCCGUCAACAGUCCAGACACAACACCAAAGCACCAGUCACAGUCCAGUCUAGGUCAGAAGGGAACGCCAAACUCUGCAUCUAAAACCAAAGAUAAAGUGAAUAAAAGAAAUGAGCGAGGAGAGACUCGGCUGCACAGGGCAGCAAUUCGUGGUGAGGUACGCCGCAUUAAGGAACUCAUCAGCGAGGGAGCUGAUGUGAAUGUAAAAGACUUUGCAGGCUGGACUGCAUUGCAUGAAGCAUGCAACAGGGGAUAUUAUGAUGUGGCGAAGCAGCUGCUGGCAGCCGGAGCAGAGGUCAACACCAAGGGCCUGGAUGAUGACACCCCUCUCCACGAUGCAUCCAAUAAUGGACAUUUUAAGGUGGUUAAGCUACUUUUACGUUAUGGGGGGGACCCACGUCAAAGCAACCGAAGAGGUGAAACGCCUUUAAAUGUUGCCAACUCUCCAACUAUGCUGAAUUUGUUGCUGGGGAAAGGCACAUACACCUCAAGUGAAGAAAGUUCGUCAGAAUCUUCAGAAGAGGAGGACGCUCCCUCGUGCGCCCCAUCUAGCUCUGUUGAUGGCAAUAACACAGACUCAGAGUUUGAGAAGGGCUUGAAAUUAAAAGGGAAAACAUUAGACCCUCCUAAAUCUGCUGUCACACCCAUCAAAGAUGAAUAUGAAUUUGACGAAGAUGACGAGGAGGAGCGAGUCCCCCCUGUGGAUGAUAAGCACCUCUUGAAAAAAGAGUUCCGUAAGGACGCAGUCAGCAAGGCCAACAGCUUCAUCUCCAUACCCAAGAUGGAGGUCAAAACCUAUUCCAAAAGCAACUCGCUUACACCAAAGAAAGCCGUCAGGCGGAUCAUCUCUGACAGUAACAGUUCAGAUGAGGAUGACAGGACGCUGUGUUUCACACCAACACCUAUGCCACGACAACAAACCCUACAAACAAAUGCCAAGACAAGAGACUCUGGAAAUCUGAGUUCCAAACAGCUAAAAGAUAAAAAUAAAGUCAAAAAGAAGAGGAAGAAGGAGAGCAAAAACAAUGUUGGCAAAGAAGUCAGGUUUGGUAAAGUCAAUGACAAAUUCUGUACGUCUGAUUCUGAUUGUGGAGAUAUGGAGAGUGAAGACGAUAAAGGGUCAAACAGCAUAAAGGAUUCUUCUCUGAUUGUGAAAGAAUCUCCUGGCUUCAAUACGUCCUCCUCCUCACAUGGAAACUUGAACUCUCAGAAACAAGCACCGUCAUUAGCGGAACAACAUCCAAAGCAGUGGAGGACUGAUGGCUGGAAGACUGUGUCGUCUCCAACAUGGUCAGAUGUAAGUUCUUCAUCUGAUUCAGUAAGAACAAGACUGUCCAGUGAGUCUGACUACUCCUCUGCGGAGUCUAGUGUUGAGUCAAUAAAACAAGUUAAGAGAAAAGGACAAGAGAGCAAAAAGAAGAAUAACAAUGUGCACAAUAACACAAUGGACAAGAAAAAUUCCGACAUCUACAAAAAUGCCAAUGCAGAUUGUACAGCCUCAAAAACGGAUGUAGAUGGUAAAGUCCUCAAGAAGCAUAAGGUGAAGCACAAGCACAAAAGCAAAGAAAAAGAUAAGGCUCCUAGUCUUGUGCUUAAUCAAGACAUGAAUGAAAAAUUUGUAAAAAGCUAUUCAUUUGAUUUUGAUGAUUCAAGACAAAAGUCUGUAAUUGUGGAGUCGGAAUCUCCAGCUGAAAGCAAGAUCAAAUUAUCAAAACAUGACAAAGACCAUUCAAAAAAGGAAGAAAGGCUCUCAAAAAGCAAGUCGGAGGAAAAGGAUUGGUCAUCAGGCAAAGACUUGCAUAGAACAGUGGAAAAGGAGAAAAAUAAGAAGAAGGACUCCACCAAGGACAAAACAAAUAAGGAAGAGCGAGAAAAGCCUAUAAAAUCGGACAAGGAUCGAAAUAUCAAGGAAAAACCCAAAGAGGAUAAACAGAAAAACCAUAAGGAGGAGAAAAAGAAAAAGUCUAAGGAGAAGUCAAGAGCAGAUAGAAAAAGUGAGCAGAAAGAGGAAAAGCAUCUAAAGGUUGAUAAGGAGAAAAACACCAAGGAGGAGAAAUGUAAAAAAGACAAAGUUCUGAAGGAGUCGUCAGAGUAUGAAAGCUAUGAUGUCAACAACCGUUUCCUCAACCUGGAUGAUACAAAGCUCAGUGCCUCAGAUGACCAUCAUGACAGAUGGGGCUCAGAGAUGUCCUCAGACUCUUCCCUCUAUGGAGAUGACAGUUGGGAUGCUCCUGUCAAAGAGUACAAGGAAUACAAGGCCAAUAAUUCUGUUAAACUUAUUGUUGAAACAGUAAAGGAAGAGACGAGAAGGAAAGAGAAAGUCAAAGACAAGAAGUCAGAUCAUAGUGAGAAAAGACCUGAGAAAGAUGUCAUAUCAAAAAAGAAAGACAAAGAGUCUUCAGAAAAGACUAAUGAAAAGAAAAAAGACUGGUCGGAGAAACAAAAAAUAAACUCCAGUCACUUUGUUGAAAAAGAUAAGAAGCGGAAAGAAUCCACAGAAAGUGGUAAAGACAAGAAAGACAAAGAUUCUCUAGACAACAGCCGAGAUCGCAAAGACUCGUAUGACUUCAUGAAGGAGAGAAAAGACACAAAAGUCAAGCAAGAAUCAAUUAGAGAAGAAUAUGGCAAUGACAUGUUCUUGAAAGAAAUUGAGGCUGUCAGUAAAUCAUGUGACAUCCGCGAAAGAAAUCAUUCUGGUAAGGAGAAAGAAAAGAAGUUUGAGGGAAUUGAAAAGCGAGAGAAAACAAAAGCUGAGAAGCACAAAGAGAAAAUAAAAGAGAGAGCUGUGGAUCAAGAGAAGGACAAGAGUGAGAAAAUCUCAUCAGAAAAAAUUACCAAGGAAAAGGAAAUUGAUCGGAUGACCAAAGACAAGAAGGAGGGCGUAAAAGACAAACACAAGGAGUCUCAUGGCAAAGACAAAGAUCGAAAGAUGUCAUCAGAACAGACCAAGGACAAGAAAGAAAAAGCCUCCCAAGACAGGCAUACUGACAGAGAGAAGGAUUUCUUGGAGGUGAAGAAAGAAGAAAGAAAGCCAGAGAAAAUCAGAGAGAAAACAUGGUACAAGAUAGCUGACAUUUUCACUGAUGAAAGUGAUGAUGAGGAUAGUUACAAUGGCGUUGUUUCUCAUGUUUCUGACUCUAUCAGAAAAGACUCAACACCUGAUCAAGAUGAUCUGGAUCAUUUUACAUCUGACAAAGUAAGGAAAAUGUCAUCAGAGACUAAACAUAAUACUGAGAAGGCUAAAGACAAAGAUUAUAAAGAGAAGAAGAAAGAAAAGGCCACAUUUGACACAGGUAAAGAGCGGAAGGGCUCCCUUGAGAAACACAACAAAGACAAGAAAGAAUCUGUUGAUGUCAAACAUAAGGAAAGAAAAGACAGAAUGUCAGUGGACUCAAACCAAGAGAAAAAAAAUAAGCAGAAGUUCUUGGACAAAAGGGAUACCAGUGAGGAUAAAACAAAGAACAAAUAUAAAGACAAGAUGGAUAAUCUGAAGGAAAGAAAACCAUCAAAAGGCAGUGGUGAGAACGAAAAGUCCCUCCUAGAAAAAUUGGAAGAAGAAGCUAUGAAUGACUACAAGGAUGACUCUAAUGACAAGAACAGUGAUAUUUCUUCAGACAGUUUCACUGACAGAGGUCAUGAACCCAUCCUCACAAAUUACUAUGACUCUAUCAGCCUUGCAGAUAUGUCUGAUGACAGGAGGGACUCUCUUUCUAUAUCCACACCCCAGGAUAAGUUCAGAGAGAGAGAAAGGCAUCGCCAUUCCUCCUCCUCGUCUUCCAAGAAAAGCCAUGACAAAGAUAAAGAAAAGGUUAAGAAGGAGAAAGGAGACAAACGUGACAAAACUGAAGAAAUCAGAGACGUGUAUAGUCGCAGGGAGAGCUUACCUUUUGAGAAAGAGCCAAUGCCUCUCGAGGCAGAUCCUUACACUUUCCCAUAUAGCAGUAAAGGAGACGGUGAAGAUGAUUUUGAUAAAACAUUAGAAUUUGAAAAAGAGAUGUCCAAAAAGGAUAAAGCACCUGCUGUCAUCAGUGAUAGAAUGAAGGACAAAAAGAAAAAGGAAAAACAUAAAGAUAAAAUAAAGGAGGAGAGGAACAAGCACAUUGAUUGCUUUGGUUCAUCGAAGCACUCCAAAGAAGAUAUGAAGUCAGGAUUAAAAGAUAGCCCUCAGGUCACAAUUCUGAAAGACCGAUCAAAGGAAGAAAGCCCUAAAUUUGAUAUUAAAAAAGACAGAAAUCGGGAUAUUUUGGAAAAAGACAACAGAUUAGAUCACAUAAAGUCAAAAACUAAAGAUGAAAAUGAAAAGCUUAAUCAGUCCAAAGACACAGGACGGAAAGAUAACCGUCCACGUGAAAAACUACUGGUGGAUGGAGAUUAUCAAAUUACUAGUUUUGGCCAGAUGUUGAGUCUGAAAGAUCAAGAAAUUGAAGAGCGUCAUAAAAGACAUAAAGAAAGGAUGAAACAGAUGGAGAAGCUAAGACCCAAGACAGGAGACACUAAAUUUAAGGACAAAGCCAAGUCCACUGAAGAAGUGAAGAAGAACCGUGGUGACCUCUCCUCUAAGAAAUCAAGCAGCCUGGAGUCUGGUUUUAAAGAGAAGAAGCUGAAGGAUGUCGGUCUACCAGCUCAAAUGAUGUCCCCCAGUAGGAAGUUCCAACCGCCUACAGACACUCACAACUCAAAAGACUGGCUGCCUGGCCAUCAAAUGAAAGAGAACCUCCCAGCUUCUCCCAGGUCAGAACAUAACAGGCCGACUGGUAUCCCCACACCAACAUCUGUCAUCUCCUGUCCCAGUUAUGAGGAAGUAAUGCAGACUCCACGGACUCCAUCUUGUAGUGCUGAAGAUUACCCCGAUAUUAUGCUUGAUGGGCUGGAUUGCCAGAACUCGUCAGCAAUGACUAUGUCUAUGAAUGCGUGUUCACCAUCCUUCUUUGAAAGCAGGUACUCCCAAGGUUUUCAGGAAGGCACUUGCCCUACCCCGGCAAAGAACCUCCAGUUGCCACUGAUCAGCCGUUCUGCUUCCUCUGAUGUACGCAGGCCUCUAGAAGAAGAGUUCAAAAUCGAGGCUGACAAGUUCCUUCGACAGCAUAGUGAUCCAUUGGCUGAAUUUGAUGCUGCAGCUGCUUCACAAAGUCUAGAUGAGAAAUCUGUCUCUGUGGAUAGACUAGAGAUCGUGCCCUCGCCUUAUUUCUCUCCAAUUAGGUUGUUGUCACCUCGGCAGGAGGCAAAUCAUACAACACCAGAUCUGGCAACACCAACACUCCCUUGCACAGAGAGUAAUGAACAUCUUUCUGAUAGUAUUUUCAAUAGUUACUUGCCUAAGCCAUCUACACCAGUUCACAGGCCAGAUCCACAAGAGCCGUGCUUUGACAUUGCUGCACCACCAACACCAGCUCCUGCAGCAUUGCCUCCACUUGACAUUGAUGACAUAUCUGAACCUCACCACAGUGAGCCUAACCUGGUCCUCUCAGAUCUGCCCUCUGUCAUCGAGGAAAGGGAUGAAGAAGAGGAAGAGGAAGGCGAAGACCUUGAUUUAGAUGAAAGAACAGAUGAUGAUCAUUGUGCUGUGGAUGAGACACAGCAAACAGAGGAACCCUCUUCAUUCUCCGCUCAAAUUGAGGACCCUUUGAGAAAGAGCUGGCAUGUUGAGUCACCAGAUCGACAAGAUCCAGAGGUCCCCCAUUUCUCUACACCGCAUCCCGAACCCAACCAUGGAGAAAACUGUUAUGAUCACAGCAUCAGUUGGAACCAUGAUGUGGAACUUAAAUCUCCCCAUCGGACAUAUGGGGAGAUAGAAGCUGCGGUCUCUAAAAUAACCAGUCCUUAUUCUCAUUCAGACAAUGAUCUGCAGCACUUGACUGGACACCCGUCUGUAACUCCUCCAUAUGCCACCUGGAAUAGGUGGCACAAGGAAGAGGACCCUGAGGAUUUUGAUGAGCAAAAGGAGGCUGUGGCUGACAUUCCUUCUCCAGAGAGACCUGAGACUGCUCUGGAUGAGGAACCCAGUUAUUUAAAUACUUCCUCAUCCUCCACAAGACUAGAGUCUUUUUUCCAGGAUUGCAACAAAUCUAAUAUUGAGAUUACUCACCAGAUAGACACAGAGACUGCAUGUGUCGAGCCAGGCAGUAGGCAGAGCAUACGUAACUUCUGCCCCACCACUGACGGACACCUGACUCCAGCUGUUGCCUCUGAGCCAGUUGUGCCCUGGGCAGAUCCAUUCUCUACUGAUGCAGAUGAGCUAGAUGACCUGGGACCAUUCUCCUUGCCUGAACUCCCUCUCCCAGAAAAGUCAGAAGAAGCUGAGCAUCGAGACUCAGAUUUUGCUGACCUUAACAAGACUGUCCAAGCUCACAUUAGACAUAGAACUACGGAUGUUGAUGACCCAGACUUAAUGCAAGUAGACCAUUCAGGUCUUGUGGAAACUACAUGCUCUAGUGAAGAGCAAAGCCUAGGGGAACCCACUGGGCAAGACUUAAUUGUACCAUCAUCUCAUGACAACUUUCAGCAAGAGUUGGACCAUGAGCCUCAGAGUGGUCCAGUCAGUAGCCCUCUGGCUUUUACACAGCAGAGCAUCAUGUUGGAGAGUAAAAUGCCGUUUGGACCCACUGAUGAGUCUGAUCCCGAUGUGUUGUAUUCAUCAGUGAAAUCUGAGACCAGCCAGCUACAUAACAUCCAGAUUCACCCCAUACCUGAGUCUUUGCAAUUACCACAAGACACUGUGUCAGUAGACAAGUCAGAGGUGAGACAGGAGGACAAAUCUGAGCCCCUAACAGAAUCUUUAUCACCCGAACCUGUUCCUCACCUUCCAAUGGCUGUUACCCCUCCCAGUUCACUGGAGCAUUCAGACACUCAGGAGACAACACAAAAGCCAGUCCCAGUACCCCACAGCACAGUGUCCACAGAUAUUCCCAAAAAGGUAGAUGAAAUUCCUCAAAGGAUGACACGCAACCGGGCCAAGAACAAUCCUUCCGCUGCAGUUCCUUCUCCUAGCAUAACUUCUUCAACAACUUCCCUGUCUGUGACCAUUAGUCCGGUAGUGACCAUUAAUGCUAUUCCUACGAGAACACCAACUCCCAGUUCAGUGUUGGCCUUUUCAACACUAAAGAAAGACAAAGACUCUUUGCUUACCAUCUCAUCGACUGCAUCCAAUUCAACUCUUACUCUAUCUGUACCAAGUUCUUUGACCAGCUCGCCUACAGUGGUUCUGAGUAAAACAAGUAAAGGCCGUCCACUUCCAGUAGAGGAAGAUGAUUCUCAGACCCAGCACCCACGAAAAAGGAAGUUUCCACGUUCGACUGGGCAGCAGGUGCAAGUACAGCUUGUGAACACAGCCAUGCAACAGACUCGGGAAAUGAUUCAACAGACGUUGGCUGUAGUUGUCAAUGCCAUAAAGUUGGAUGACAUUGAGCCUUACCACAGUGACCGUUCCAACCCCUAUUUCGAGUAUCUGCAGAUUAGGAAGAAGAUUGAGGAAAAGAGGAAAAUAUUGUGCUACAUCACCCCACAGGCCCCACAGUGCUAUGCGGAGUAUGUGACCUACACUGGCUCAUAUCUGUUAGAUGGAAAGCCCCUCAGCAAGCUUCAUAUCCCUGUGAUUGCCCCACCACCAUCAUUGUCAGAGCCUCUGAAAGAGCUCUUCAGACAACAGGAGGCAGUGAGAGGAAAGCUCCGGUUGCAGCACAGCAUAGAACGGGAGAAGCUCAUUGUCUCAUGUGAGCAGGAAGUGUUAAGAGUCCACUGCAGAGCUGCAAGGACAAUAGCGAACCAGGCUGUGCCAUUUAGUGCCUGCACCAUGCUUUUGGACUCUGAAGUAUACAAUAUGCCAUCAGAAAGCCAGGGUGAUGAGAACAAAUCUGUGAGAGAUCGCUUCAACGCACGACAGUUCAUCUCCUGGAUUCAGGAUGUAGAUGAUAAAUAUGACCGUAUGAAGACAUGUCUAUUGAUGCGGCAACAGCACGAGGCAGCAGCCCUCAACGCGGUACAAAGGAUGGAAUGGCAGUUGAAGGUCCAAGAAUUGGAUCCUGCUGGACAUAAGUCCCUAUGUGUCAACGAAGUGCCAUCCUUCUACGUUCCAAUGGUCGAUGUCAAUGACGACUUUGUCCUUCUGCCAGCGUGACACCGCUUGGCUCUGUGAUAGAGCUAACUUUGUCCGAAUCCCUUCUUCUCAGAGAGAAUUUGUUGAACAGAACAAAUGGAAAGGGCUAGCAAAUUUGAGAAGGGCCUUCAGACAGAAAAACAUAGAAAAGAUUCAGAGGAAGAGUGCAGAUAAAUAAAUAAAAAACAUGCUCUUGGUUCCCUUCCUUGAAGAAGGAAACUUCUUUUUACCGGGGGUAAAGAAAAUACUCGCACUUUCAUUCUCAAACAUUUUUACUCCUUUUUUGAUCAGAGCAUAAAAAGCAGAAACCGUUUUUUGCUUUCCAGCACUGGCCCAUGACUCCUUUGUGCUCAUGCUGUGGUGAGACAAGGGGACAGAGAUAUAUUUUCUGCAUUCAUUUUUUUGGGCUUUUCUUCACAAGACCCACCACUGGGGAGAUGUGUCAAAUAGGAGCUCUCCCAACAGCAUGGUACUUGUGCCGAUGGCAGGAAACUGAAAAGGAUCCUCACCUAUUGGCGCCAGGAGCACUUGUCAAUGCUUCCACAGAGGAUGUCAACAUCCUGUGGAUCUUGUGAGAAUCCACUGCAAGAUGACUACAAGUGACAGACCAGGAAUCUAGAAGCGGAGGUGCUAACAGAUUUGGGCUGCACACACUGUUAAAAUUGCACCAGGUUUAACGCAACAAUAUGGACAGGCCUGCAACGGCUUGGAAGACGGCGGACGGUUACGUGUGUGUGUGUGUGUGUGUGUGUGCGUGCAUGUGUACGGUGUGUGUGUGUGUGUGUGCGUGCGUGCGUGUGUGUGUGCGUGCGCGCGCGCACGCUCGCGGACAAGCCUAAGAGGAAAAAACUGUUGGUGCAGCCUCUCGGCCAUGCAUAACACACAACGAGGAGCGUGGUGGGUCCCUGUGGUCAGACCAGUGUGUUCACGACGACUCCGCAUGCUCCGCAAACACAUUGGAGCACCUUGGGCUGCAAAAGCACCACAGGACAACUAGAAGAAACAAACAUAACGAAUGUUGACAUUCAUAUAGAGACGAUGCAGAGAAAUUGUGGUUUGUCAGGUGGGGGAAAAUGUUGUUUUUGUCUAUUUCUUUACUUGGGCAUUUCAUUGUUUCUGAGGAAGUGACUUGAAACACUACAGAGCCAAUAUUAGUUUAAUGGGAAAAAAAGUGAAAAAAAAGUUGUAUUCCGUAAAUUAUGUACAGUUUUUAUAUUCGUUAACCAAUGUAUUCUUGCUGCCUUCUAGAUAAUUUAUUUUGCCACACAUUACUGCACAGUUGUAAAUAACCUAUGUACUGUAAUAUCACUCAAGUAAGUGUAAAGAAAAGCAUAAAAGAAAUAAAAAGUAUCUUUUUAUGUACAGUUCA